AUGGAAGUCGACCGCGAAUAUCGCAUCUACAGCUACACCACCACAAAUCCCGGUGAAGAGCCAGCCAGCUUUCUCCUUCGGCUGCGCCUGGAUGGGAAAUUCUUCAGCGUGGAGGUCAGCGAAUCGCUCUUUCGAAACUCCCCGGCUCGACUGAGCGAGUUUCACCAGUACCUCUCCUUCUUGCAGUUCGACGAAGGCGGGCCGGAAGACGACGACGAUGGCCCCGAGAGCCAUGGUUCGCGCCACGCUCAACCGGGCAUUUCCAUUGAUGACUGCUUCGAGUGGACUGUGCAACCUCUUCUCGAAACGUUCAAAGAACUAGCCCCAGAGCCAGCGCUUGCGUCGAGAAUCAUGCUAGACGCCUUCUUUAGCUCCGUCUCGUACGAAUGCCGGCUCGGGGCCGUUGACGAGCGCCUUGAUCCAGGACCAAUCGACGCCCUGCCAACAGAGCCCCCAUUCAUUCCAGACAACCUCUCCCCUGGCGCCACGACCAUCGAGGUGCUGAGCGACGCGCCCAGCCGGAUCCGCGACCACGACCCGACCACUGUGCGCGUCCACGGAGCAGAGUAUUUCUUCAAGUCGCUUGAGGCGGUCGGCGAGGACCUGGGGCGGAUGGAGAUUCGCAAGUACGAGGACAUUGCCAAGGCGCGUUUCGGUCCCGCGGUCCGCACGUCGCGCCUGUUUGGCAUCGCGCAGGAUGCGCAAAGGGCCGUCAAGGGCAUCAUGCUCCACCGCAUCGCGGAGCAGGGCACGCUGGACUCUCUUGUCCGCCCGGAGACGCCCAGGGAGACCAGGCAGCGAUGGAGCCGCCAGAUUCAGCAGACUUUGGGUGCGCUGCACGACAGGGACAUUGUCUGGGGCGAUGCCAAGGCCGCCAACGUGUUGAUUGACGUCGAGGGCGAUGCGUGGAUUAUCGAUUUUGGUGGCGGUUACACGCGAGGAUGGGUCGAUGAAGACGGCGCGGGGACGAUUGCGGGAGACCUCGAAGGGCUGCAGAACAUUAUUCGCUUUAUCAACGCUGAGGAGUAG